AUGACUGACGCCACGACCCAUAAACGAUACCGGUAUGAGCCGUCCCUGGCAGCCGCAGUCAUCUUCGUUGUCCUUUUUUGCGCAACAUCCGGCUUUCACCUCUACCAGAUGACCAAAACACGGUCGUGGCUCUUUAUAGCAUUCUGUUCUGGUGGGCUCUUUGAGCUUAUUGGAUACAUUUGUCGCGCAAUCGGUGCGACGCAAACGGAGGAACCGGAUUACGCUCUUGGUCCAUUCAUCAUCCAAAGCGUGCUUCUACUCGUCGCACCCGCCCUUCUCGCCGCCUCGAUCUACAUGGAGCUGGGGCAUAUAGUGGAACUUGUUCAAGGUGACCCUUACAUCUUGAUCAAGCGCCGCUGGCUCACACGCACAUUUGUUACGGGGGAUAUCAUCUCGUUCCUCAUGCAGGCUGCAGGCGGUGGCAUCCUAGGCAGCGCGAAAACAAGUAGCCAGAGGGACCUCGGUACCACCCUCGUUGUGGUUGGUUUGUUUGUUCAAAUCGUUUUCUUCGGUUGCUUCAUUUUCGUUGCCCUGCUAUUUCACUGGCGAAUCCAGCGGGCACCGACACAAAAGGUUUUGUCUGACCGACCGCCGUACAAUCGUCACCUCUUCGCACUUUACGGUGUGAGCAGUCUCAUCUUCGUGCGGUCUAUAGUCCGGGUUGUGGAGUUUAUCGAGGGGUUUGACGGCUACAUAUCUACACACGAGGCAUUUAUCUAUGUCUUCGACGCUGUUCCGAUGUUGGCGGCCAUGCUCAUCAUGAAUUGGAUCCACCCAAGCGAGAUAGAAGCUCUUCUAAGGGGAGGUAGCGUAGCCAAGGGUAUUCGGCUGAUUGAGCACUACGAAAUAACUGAUAAUUCUACAUAA